AUGAAGGAAAGCGUGCAGCUUGCUGCCGAGAAGGAGCAGGCAAACAGUGCGGCCAGCCAGGCCAAGGGCCUCAUCGUGCAGGCACGCAAGCGCAUCGCCGACUUCAACACCAAGAAUGAAGCCCUGACCAAGGAGAACCAGACCCUGAAGCAGAACCUCGAAGGUCUCAACCAGCGCAUCGCCUCCAUGGAGCAGUUGAAACAGGAGAGUGCGUUGCGGGAGAGCAGCCUGCGGUCGCAGUUCGAGGGUCGGCUGCUGCGCCAGGAGAAGGAGAUGCGCGACACCCGCGAGGCCCUCGACAGGGCUCAGCGACAGGUGGACGAACUCACCAGAAGCCAUGUGCAGGCAAACGGAAACCUGCACUACUGCAAGUGA